GCAGCCACAAGGGUCCCGCCCUAGCUCCGUAUCCGACGAACAAGAUUUUACCAGAUCCAGCGAACAACCCCAAUCGAUCCCCACCCACAUCUCCCCCUUCAUACCUAUUUAUCCCUCCUCUCCCUCCACCCUUUCCUUGCACACAUCGCAAACCCUUCUCCGGCUCCUCGCUCUCACUGUGUAAGAGGGAGAUCUCAUUUCUCGAGUUCCACCAGAUCUGCAAUCAGACAUGGCUCUGUUAGCAGAGAAAACCGCCUCUGGCCGCGAAUACAAGGUCAAGGAUAUGUCCCAGGCCGACUUCGGCAGGCUCGAGAUCGAGCUCGCCGAGGUUGAGAUGCCGGGUCUAAUGUCCUGCCGCACCGAGUUCGGCCCCGCUCAGCCUUUCAAGGGCGCCAAGAUCACUGGUUCCCUGCACAUGACCAUCCAGACCGCGGUACUCAUCGAGACUCUCACCGCCCUUGGUGCCGAAGUUCGGUGGUGCUCCUGCAACAUCUUCUCCACCCAGGACCACGCCGCCGCCGCCAUAGCCCGCGACAGCGCUGCUGUCUUCGCCUGGAAGGGCGAAACCCUCCAGGAGUACUGGUGGUGCACCGAGCGCGCCCUUGACUGGGGCCCCUCCGGCGGCCCUGAUCUCAUCGUCGACGACGGCGGUGAUGCCACCCUCCUCAUCCACGAGGGUGUCAAGGCCGAGGAGGUGUAUGCUAAGAGCGGGAAGUUGCCCGACCCGUCGUCGACCGACAAUGCCGAGUUUCAGAUUGUGUUGACUAUUAUCAGGGACGGAUUGAAGACGGACCCGAAGAAGUACAACAGGAUGAAGGAGAGAUUGGUAGGUGUUUCGGAGGAGACUACCACUGGUGUGAAAAGGUUGUACCAGAUGCAGGCUAACGGAACCUUGCUUUUCCCUGCUAUCAAUGUCAAUGAUUCUGUCACCAAGAGCAAGUUUGAUAAUUUGUACGGGUGCCGCCACUCUCUGCCCGAUGGCCUGAUGAGAGCCACUGACGUUAUGAUUGCUGGAAAGGUCGGGGUUGUCUGUGGUUAUGGAGAUGUUGGCAAGGGCUGUGCUGCUGCUCUCAAGCAGGCUGGAGCCCGUGUGAUCGUGACGGAGAUUGAUCCAAUUUGUGCCCUCCAGGCUCUAAUGGAAGGAUUUCAGGUUCUACCACUUCAUGAUGUGGUCUCCCAGGCAGAUAUCUUUGUUACCACCACCGGUAACAAGGACAUCAUUAUGGUGGGCGACAUGAGGAAGAUGAAGAACAAUGCCAUUGUUUGCAACAUUGGCCAUUUUGACAAUGAAAUCGAUAUGCACGGGCUAGAGACCUACCCUGGUGUUAAGCGAAUCACCAUCAAGCCCCAAACGGACAGGUGGGUAUUCCCGGAUACGAAAUCCGGCAUCAUUGUCUUGGCAGAGGGGCGUCUCAUGAACUUGGGCUGUGCCACUGGACACCCCAGUUUUGUGAUGUCCUGUUCGUUCACAAACCAGGUGAUUGCACAGCUUGAGCUGUGGAAGGAGAAGAGCACAGGGAAGUACGAGAAGAAGGUGUAUGUUUUGCCCAAACAACUUGAUGAGAAGGUUGCUGCACUCCAUCUUGGGAAGCUGGGGGCUAAACUCACCAAGCUUACGAGGGAGCAGGCCGAUUACAUCAAUGUUUCGGUUGACGGUCCUUACAAGCCUGCUCACUAUAGGUACUGAGUGGGGAAGAAAGGAAAGGCGCUCGAGAGAAAACGCAGCAUUUGAGGGUGUGUUUGUUGUGUCACAGUUUGAUUUCUGUCAUAAUUGUAGUUUUUGACUUCUUUGUCGGAAAUUAUUUGUUUUCCAAA